AUGCACAAUGGCUACAACCAAACAAGAAUAUUAGCAGCCAAAUCAAGAGUAGCACAGGUGCGCACACUAAGUAUACCUAGUCUAGCUCUACUGCUAUCGCAGUUAGUAAAUCCAAUAGUUUCAGCAUUAAAGGUAAAACCAAGAAACAUUUUUUUAUUAUCUAAUUCGACCGUAACGUUAGCUUGGAUUUCAGCCUGUCCGUCAAAAUGGAAGCAGUUUGUUGCUAAUAGGGUUAGUGAAAUGCAGAAAUUAACACCAGAUGCUGAAUGGAACCACAUAAAAUCAGAAGACAAUCCAGCAGAUCUAAUUUCGAGAGGGGUUUAA